CUGAGCAGCAGUCGUAGUCCCUCGGCAGUUCUCUGUCAGUAAGCGAGCGGGCAGCACGGGUUCGUGCGUGUGAGACCCGGCGCGGCUCCUGUUGGAAUUAUUUGACACACACGGACUUAUUUAUUUAUUUAUUUUCCGGGGUGGGGGGGAGAAAUUUAACAAGUUGUUUCAUAUAACACGGGAAUAAUGCCCGGGAUCAUCAAUAAAAAUCCGGACGUGGAGUUUGACUCCUUACAGCCCUGCUUUUAUCCUGAUGAAGACUAUUUUUAUUUCGGUGGUCCUGACGCCGCUCCACCUGGGGAGGACAUCUGGAAAAAAUUCGAGCUGCUGCCGACGCCGCCUCUUUCCCCGAGCCGGGCUGCGUUGCAAGGCGACCCCGCCUCGGGAUCACUAGAUUGCGACCCGCUUGGCUUCGAUUCCCAGGACCCGUUGGACUGGGCUUCAGAGCUAUUGCUGCUGCCAGAAGACGACCUUUGGGGUAGCGGUAGCUCGGACGGGGAUCUGUUUGGCGCUGGAUUAGAGAGUAACUUGAACUCCAUCAUCAUCCAGGACUGCAUGUGGAGCGGGUUUUCCGCCCGAGAGAAGCUGGAACGAGUGGUUAGUGAGAAACUGGGAAAAGCGAUUUCUGCAGCGGCUCAGUGCACUGGGAACAAGACGGCCGAUUUGAAUAAUUCGGUCCCGGAAUGCGUGGACCCGGCCGUGGUUUUCCCUUUUCCUGUGAAUAAAGGCGAGGUCAGAGGCAGCUCGCCUGGGACGGUUGCGCCGGCACUGUCAAACAGCAGCGCCGAUGACACUCCCAGUGACUCGGAUGACGAUGAGGAUGAUGACGAUGAGGAUGAUGAGGAUGAGGAUGAGGAGGACGAAGAUGAAGAAGAGAUUGAUGUUGUAACAGUCGAGAAGAGACGUAGUUCUGCCAGCAAACCUGUUACCACUCUCACCAUUACUGUCCGAUCAAAAAACAAUAAUUCAAGUAGUAACAGUAGCAGCAACACAUCUGCAUCAAGGGUUCCACAAGAAUUCAUCCUUAAAAGAUGUGCUCCCAUACACCAGCAGCAUAAUUAUGCAGCCCCUUCUUCUUACACAGAGUGUGAGGAAGUGCCACCAGUGAAAAAAAUCAAGAACGAGGCUCCAAGGCCAGCCAAAAAUCUAAUGCCAGCAAGGGCCAAGAGCGCUAGCCCCAGGAGUUCAGAUUCAGAGGACAGUGAGCGACGGCGCAAUCACAACAUUCUGGAGAGGCAACGGCGCAAUGACCUAAGGUCAAGUUUCCUCACUCUUAGGGACCAUGUACCAGAACUAGUGAAAAACGAGAAAGCUGCAAAAGUGGUGAUCUUGAAAAAGGCCACAGAAUAUGUGCAUUCUCUGGAAGCUGAAGAACACCGGCUGCAGCUUGAAAAAGAAAGGCUUCAGGUGAGGCGACAGCAGUUGCUCAAAAGAAUAGAACAUGCAAGGACUCGCUAAGACGCUUCAUGCAUCAGGACUGUCACUGCCACUUUUGCACAUUUCUUUGACGUUAAGAAUGUUGGGUUUUACUUUCAAUCUAUUCCCAUAAACACACACACACACAUUUAUUUAUAUAUAUAUAUAUAUAUAUAUAUAUACACACACAAACGGAUCACAUUGUGUUUUUUUUUUUUUUUUUUUUUUUUUUUAAUUGGUUCAUUUUUUGAGAUUCAAAUGAUUGAUACUGUAGUGUACAGCUCUGUGUGAGAGACAGUGUGUAUACGUGUCCAGCGCUCUUUCUUUGCCUUUAUCACUUUGAGAAAGACAAUGGACUAUAUUGCCAUAUUGUGGAAGUUAACAGAAUUAAGGUGGCAUCUGUCUUAAUCCAUAUAGUUCAUUCCUGAUUUUCAGUGGUGCUUCAUUAUGAAAUAUAUACUUUUGGGGAUGCAUUACAAAAGAACAAUUUGUAUUCAUUUUUUGUAAAUAAUAUUUACACUUUCUGCCUUUUUUGUACAAUUCUGGUUUGUUAUUUUUAAAUGUUGAAGCUGCCAAUAUUAGACUGGAAGUUUAUAUACCUUAAAAGUACUGUAAUACCUCAAUGUUUGAGGAUCAUACAAUUUUUGUAUACAAACAUAUUGUUAAUCUCCGUUAUGUACUGUACUAAUUCUUACACACCUGUAUACUUUAGUGUGAUGCUGAUACAUAACUAAAUUUGAUACUUAUAUUUUCGUAUGAAAAUGAGUUGUGACUUUUAAGUAGAUAUUACUUUAUCCUUUUUUCAUACUAAAAAGAAAAGUCUUUUGUACAGAAAUUCACUCUAUAAAAGUUUACCUAUCCUUUUUGUUCUUCCUGUUUAUUUGUUACUGUUGGGUGCAUAGAACUGGGUAAAAGGAAAUGAUCUUUGUUUUGUUUUGAUGUAUAUUUAGUGCUGCAACUAAUAGCACUUUGAAAUACCUCAUGUUUACGGAAAUAAAUUAGAAUAAGAAAAAAGAA